AUGGGCGCUCUUUUGUCCAUCCCCAUCUUCGCCGGGAUCGGCUCUCUCGGCACCACACUCUGCUCCACAUGCGCAGUAUUCAUGGGUGGCACCGCCGCAUCGGCGUUCUGCAAGUCGUGCAACUGCAACUCCUCCAUUGCGACGCGUGUCGGCUACGGCAUCAUCUUCGCGAUCGCAAGUAUGCUCGCGUACAUAUCGCGAACAGACAUGGGCAUUAGAUGGCUGGAACGCAUAUCGUGGGACUGGAUCAAGAUGGACUGCAGCGGGGGCAAGUGCUACGGAUUACUUGCCGUUCAUCGCUUCGAGUUUGCCCUCACGUUAUUCCACUUGAUUCUCAGCUUGUUGCUCAUCGGCGUACGAUCCACCAAAGCCAAGCGGUCGGCGAUCCAGAAUGGGUGGUGGGGACUCAAGCUCGUCGCGUACUUCCUUCUGUGCUUUGUUGCUUUCCUCAUCCCCAACGAGUUCUUCAUGUUCUAUGGCUCGUACAUCGUUCCGGUCGGCGCCUGCGUGUUCAUCCUCAUCGGCCUCGUCCUUCUCGUUGACUUUGCGCACACCUGGUCGGAAACAUGCCUCGACAACUGGGAGCGCACCGAUUCGAAUCUCUGGCAGUUCAUCCUUGUCGGCUCAACGUUUGGUUUGUAUAUCGCCACCAUUGCCGUGACCGUGGUCUUGUACGUCUUCUUCUCCGGCUCCGGGUGUGGCCUCAACACUUUCUUCGUGACCGCCAACCUUCUCCUCUGCAUUAUCGUCACCAUUCUCGCCAUCUCCGGUCCCGUUCAGGAGGCCAACCCCAAGUCGGGUCUCACACAGGCGGCUAUGGUCGCCGCAUACUGCACAUAUCUCACCUCGUCUGCCGUCGUCAACCACACCGACGAUGGUCACUGCAACCCCCUCCAGAAGGCAACCAGCGGAACUAAGACGACGACAGUUGUCCUAGGUGCGCUGUUCACUUUCAUCGCAAUCGCGUACUCCACCACGCGCGCGGCUACACAGUCCAAGGCACUCGUCGGCAAGGGCCACCGCGCCGGCGCGAUCCAGCUGCCAGAGGGCGAGGAGGACGGUGAGGUGAGACUGAUUACCUCGCAGCCCAAGGGUCGCCGAGACGAGAUGCGUUAUCAGGCUAUCCUCGCGGCCGUCAAUGCCGGCUCGCUCCCCGCCUCGGUGCUCGAUGAACCAGAAGAUGAAGAGGAGGAGAUCGAGGCUGCAAUGGGCGAGGAGCGUGACGACGAACGAUCAGGCACGAAGUACAACUACUCAUGGUUCCACAUUAUCUUCGCCAUCGCGUCCAUGUAUGUCGCCGGCCUCCUCACCGACUGGGCAGUCAUCUCGACCUCGCCUGUCGACCAUCCAGUGGACCCGAUUACCGACCUUGUCACUCGCGCCGAGCCAGAUGUUUACAUCGGCCGCUCGGAGGCGACAAUGUGGAUGCGGGUGGUCAGCAGCUGGCUUUGUUAUGCGCUGUACGUUUGGAGCCUUGUCGCGCCUCUUGUCAUGCCAGACCGGUUCGGCGAUGACUAA